AUGGAAUUUGUACACUUAGCGUUGACUUUCAUUGCUCUGUGGUUGAACUCAACGGCCGCCAACACGAUUUUAGAUAACAUUUUUCAAUUGGGUCUCGCGAAUGUAAUUGAACAGUUUAAUGCGCCAACGCCCCAACAAAAUGCAGCGUACGACUUUAUAAUAGUGGGUGGCGGCGCCGCUGGCUGCACGCUGGCCAAUAGGCUCUCUGAGAAUCCGAAUUGGUCGGUGGUUUUACUCGAGGCAGGCGGCGUCGAAAACAUUGCACAUCGUAUCCCUAUAACGGCUGGUUUUCUGCAAGGCACGCACUCAAAUUGGGGCUACAAAUCGGUACCACAAAAACUAGCGUGCUUUGGCAUGAACAACAACGAGUGCGCUUUGCCUCGUGGUAAAAUUUUGGGCGGCACGAGUUCCAUCAAUUAUAUGAUAUAUAAUCGUGGUAAUAGGCGCGAUUAUGAUGGCUGGGCAGCUGCAGGCAGUAAAGGCUGGUCAUAUGACGAGGUGUUGCCGUAUUUUCUCAAAUCGGAGAACGCUCAGUUGGCCGGCUUGGAAUGGUCGCCCUACCACAAUCACUCGGGCCCGUUGAAUGUUGAAGAUGUCGGUUAUCGUACACAAUUUUCGCAUGCCUUUGUGCGUGGUGCACAACAAGCCGGGCAUCCGCAUACCGAUUAUAAUGGCGAAUCGCAAGUGGGCGUGUCGUAUGUGCAGGCGACAACGCAGAAUGGACGGCGACAUAGCGCAUAUCGUGCUUUCAUCAGACCAGUGAGACGUGUGCGUCGGAAUUUGAGCAUUUUUACAUUCGCGCACGUUUUGCGUGUGCUCGUAGAUCCACAGACAAAGGUGGCGUAUGGUGUGGAGUUUCUGCAUCAGAAGAAACAGUACAUUUUCAAAGCGCACAAAGAGGUUAUAUUGUCCGCGGGCGCUUUUAACUCGCCACAGCUACUAAUGUUGUCGGGCAUAGGACCUGCGGAUAAUCUAAACGCUAUUGGCAUUCCGGUCAUACAAGAACUGCCUGUAGGCAAGCGCAUGUAUGAUCACAUGUCGCAUAUAGGUCCUGUGUUUCUAACCAACACCACCGGACAAACGACAUAUCCGACCAGCAUUUCAUUGAGCGAUAUCAAACGUUUCUUCUUAUUCGGCGAUCGAAGCACACGUCUCUCCAGCAUAGGUGGUGUGGAAUGUCUGGCUUUCGUUAAAAUACCAAGCUCACAAAGACCACCUGAUUGGCCUGAUGUCGAGCUGAUAACAGUAUUGGGUGGCGUGGCUUCCGACGAUGGUACAGGUCUCAAGGAGGGCGGCAACAUUCGUCAAGAUCUUUACGAUCAACUCUAUCUGCCACUACAACUUGCACGUCAAGAACAUUUUACCGUGCUCAUUAUGGACUUUCAUCCGCGUUCAGUGGGACGGCUGUGGUUGCACAAUCGCGAUCCUCUAAGAUGGCCAAUCAUCGAUCCAAAGUACUUUUCCAGCGAAGAGGAUAUCGAACAUCUUUUGGAAGGUAUUAAGGCUGCCAUACGCAUCGGCGAAACACCAGCUAUGCAACGUAUUGGCGCACGUUUAUAUGACAAACCGGUACCCGGUUGUGAAAAUUAUGUUUUCGGUAGUGACGACUAUUGGCGUUGUUCUAUACGCACUUUGUCCUAUACGCUGCAUCAUCAGGUGGCCACCUGUCGCAUGGGUUCGCCGACAGAUGAGACCACAGUUGUGGAUCCGCAGUUAAAGGUGCAUGGCAUACGAAAAUUAAGAGUCGUAGACACGAGCAUCAUACCCUUUCCGCCAACGGCACAUACGAAUGCGCCGGCAUUUAUGAUUGGCGAGAAGGCGGCAGAUUUAAUACGCGCUGAGUGGGAAGCUAAUUUCUGGUUGUAAAAAUUGAGAUGCUCAAAUGCGCAAAACAAUUUCGGCAUUUGACAUAUAUGAGUUUCCGCGCGAAAUGAAAGAUGAAGAUAAGGUGUUAAAUGUCAUUUGUAUGUUUUAAUUAAUAUUCAAAGCAACUCGAGGUGAUGAAAGGAAAAUAACCUGUUCGGUAAGUAUUUUAUUAUGAUAAAUAAUUACCGCUUUUUGCAAUUUGAAGCAAGGUUUCGUGUUAGCAAUAAUAAGUUGAUAUACAAAAUAAAAAAUUGCAAAGGGUGAGUAACCAACGAAUGUCACAAAUGAAGAUCGAGUGAAAGGAACUCACCGUGGAUCGUAUAAAUUUGAAAAAAAAAAUAAUUUUAUUAAAAUUAAUUGAGCUCAUGUAAUCAGAUUUUUUUGAAUGAAUGAGAAGAGAUCAAAACUUAAGUUCACGCAAAAACGUUGAUUAAAAUUAGUAUAUAUUGAAAAAAUAUUUUUAUGUUAAGUUGUUGUUGAGUGAAAUUUUAAGCAGAUAUCUAGAUAUAAGAAAGUUUUAAUUACACGGAAUAUAUAUGGGUACAUAUCGCUUGUUUCCUAGAAGAAUGUCAUAAAUCAAAAAAUAAAAAGGAUCAAGAGGUUGUAAAAUACAGUAUUAUUUAAUGUAGUCCAUCAACAUGACUUUGAAAGACAUCAUUAUAAUAUUUUUAUAUUCGGUUCGCAA